UUAGUUGACGUCCAUGAAGAAGAUUGUGCGUCAUGUGCUGAGGUGUUCAGCUUCCAGUGUUUUGUUUUCAACUACAAUACAUACUGCUCUAGAUAUAUUACACAUAUUAACCAGCAGGGGAGAUGCCUGUGUGCUUACUAGUAAGUGAAGAUGAUGCACAUAAACCCAUUCAGCUUCAUCAUCAACAAUCCGUGAUUCUUGGUCGAGGACCAGAAACUAAGAUAAAAGACAAAAAGUGCUCAAGAGACCAAGUUGAAUUGAAAGCUGAUUGCAACAGAGGAUUUAUCACUGUUAAACAGCUGGGUGUGAAUCCUACAAAUGUGGACAAUGUGGUUGUGGGCAAAGGCAAUCAGGCUGUAUUGCACAGGUUACUGGUCUUAACUUCCUACAAACCACAUGUCGCCCACCUCUACAAUCAGGUGACCAUAAAGCCGGGCCAGAAACUUUACAUGGUCAAUCAGAUGUAUCCUUACACAGUGAAGUUCGUUGAGGACACGUCCACACCCAGAUCUGCCACAGAGUUGAGCAAACCUUUAAAAAGAGCCCAUCAGAUGAGCUCUGAGGGGAACGGAGAGAAGAUCAAGAGCCCUGCAAACAAAACAUCAACAUCACAUACAGACCAUCACAGAAUGUCAGACGAUUCACCUCCGCCAAAAAAGACACCGCCAUCUGGAUCUGAUAAAUCAGAAUCUGCUGGCCAUUGGAGCCAAGGGCUUAAAGUGUCAAUGCAGGACCCUAAAAUGCAGGUGUACAAAGAUGAUAGGGUUGUGGUCAUCAAGGACAAGUACCCAAAGGCGCGGUACCACUGGCUGGUGCUGCCGUGGGACUCGAUCUCCAGUCUGAAGGCUCUUCGCUCGGAGCACAUCGAGCUGCUCAAACACAUGCAGCGUGUGGGAGAUCAGAUGGUGCAGCAGUGUCCUGAUGCUCACAAACUGAGCUUUCGUCUGGGAUAUCACGCCAUCCCCAGCAUGAGUCACGUCCACCUGCACGUAAUCAGCCAAGACUUUGACUCGCCAUGUUUGAAGAACAAGAAACACUGGAAUUCCUUCACUACUGACUACUUUGUGGAGUCUCAAGAUGUCAUUGCGAUGCUGGAGCAUGAUGGGAAAGUGACGGUGAAAGAAGGCACUAGUGAAUUACUGAAGCUGCCUCUGCGCUGUCACUUGUGUCGUAAAGAGCAGCCGACGAUACCCAAACUAAAAGAGCAUCUCAAAACUCAUCUGCCUUCUUAGAUAUGCUACAGAUCCUGUAUGGGACAGUCAUAUAUAUUUUGUCUGUUAAAAGUCAAUUUUGUAAACAGCCCAUUGAAUCCUUUAGUAAAUUGGAUUUGUUCUGGA